AUGGGGACGUCUCGCGCACGCGCGGCGAGGGCCGCCCACCGCCUGGAGCCGUGCGAAGCUUCGCCGAGCCGGAGCCCCGCGCAGGCGCACACGCGCAGCUCGGCCCCCUCCGCUUCCGCCCCGCGCAGGCGCAGAGAACCGCGCAGCCAACCUCCGCAGCGGCCGCGCGCACCCUUCGCCCCGCCGGCAGCUUUUGUCUCGCGCAACCUCCUUGUGUUUUCCGUGAGCCGGAAGGGACCGAGGCGCCGGCGGAAAAAGCCGAAGCUGUCCCGCGAGCGCGGCCUUCCCGAGGCGGUGGCGGAAAGAGCCGAAGUUGCGCAGGAGCGGAGCACGGGCGAGCGGACCCCGGAAAGAGCCGAGGGCUCGGGACGGAAUCAAACUCUGGGGGAGCUGGGCGCAGAGGACCACGAGGACCCACGGAAAAGCCCGAGCGCCGAGGACCUAGUCUCCGAUAAGUCGCGAGAGCUUGGGACGCCGGCGCACGCCUCGCUUCGGGUGUUUUCGGAAGCCGCUGCCGCCGCCGCCGCCGCCCGGCCCCUUUCCCUGCGCUCCGGCCGCGCCGACGCCUCCUCCCGCGUGCUCAGGUAUCUUACGCCCGGGCGCUGCCAGGCCCUGCUCCCUCAGCCUGGGGCUCGGCCCGCGGGUGCUGCUAGUGGGAGCCGAGGUCUUGCCCCGGUGGUGACUGCGGCUGCCCUGGCCAGGCCGGGUGCGGGACUGGGGGCGCCGAGCCCCGCAGGAAGACCCACGCCUUGCUCUCCUGUCCCCAGCAAACCUUUGACCAGAGGCGCUAAAGAGGAACACAGCGGACUGAUCCGCUCCCCGCGCCAUGAGAAGAAGAAGAAGGUCCGGAAGUACUGGGACGUGCCGCCGCCCGGCUUCGAGCACAUCACCCCCAUGCAGUACAAGGCCAUGCAGGCUGCCGGCCAGAUCCCGGCCACCGCCCUCCUCCCCACCAUGACCCCCGACGGCCUGGCCGUGACGCCAACGCCGGUGCCCGUGGUUGGCAGCCAGAUGACCAGACAGGCCCGGCGUCUCUACGUGGGCAACAUCCCCUUCGGCAUCACCGAGGAAGCCAUGAUGGACUUCUUCAACGCCCAGAUGCGCCUGGGGGGGCUGACCCAGGCUCCUGGAAACCCUGUUUUGGCCGUGCAGAUUAACCAGGACAAGAAUUUUGCCUUCUUGGAGUUCCGCUCGGUGGACGAGACCACCCAGGCCAUGGCUUUCGACGGCAUCAUCUUCCAGGGCCAGUCGCUCAAGAUCCGCCGGCCCCACGACUACCAGCCCCUGCCCGGCAUGUCGGAGAAUCCCUCCGUCUACGUGCCCGGAGUUGUGUCCACCGUGGUCCCUGACUCUGCUCACAAGCUCUUCAUCGGGGGCCUGCCCAACUACCUGAACGAUGACCAGGUCAAAGAGCUGCUGACCUCCUUUGGGCCUCUGAAGGCCUUCAACCUGGUCAAGGACAGCGCCACAGGGCUCUCCAAGGGCUACGCCUUCUGUGAGUACGUGGACAUCAACGUCACGGACCAGGCCAUCGCCGGGCUGAACGGGAUGCAGCUGGGGGACAAGAAGCUGCUCGUCCAGAGGGCCAGUGUGGGGGCCAAAAACGCCACGCUGAGCACCAUCAACCAGACGCCGGUGACCCUGCAAGUGCCGGGCCUGAUGAGCUCCCAGGUGCAGAUGGGCGGGCACCCCACCGAGGUGCUGUGCCUCAUGAACAUGGUGCUGCCCGAGGAGCUGCUGGACGACGAGGAGUACGAGGAGAUCGUGGAGGACGUGCGGGACGAGUGCAGCAAGUACGGGCUGGUCAAGUCCAUCGAGAUCCCGCGGCCCGUGGACGGCGUGGAGGUGCCCGGCUGCGGAAAGGUGCGUGGGGCCCCGCGGUGUGCUUGUGGGCCGAGGGCGUGGCCGUGGCGGCAGGUGCCCGCUGGGGCUGUCCCCAGCCCUUCUCAGGCUGCGACGCCUGCUUCCUCCCUGGACGGCCGGGUGCUGGCCGCCUGCCCCACUGCCCCCACUUCCUGUGUCGGGUGUCCCCGGCACACGCCCGCAGCCCUUCUGGCCACAACUCUGUCCCCGGCCCCUGGCACCCUGGCUUGGUACCUGGUGCCUCUGCAGCUGCCCGCCUUGGAAAGGCGGCAGGCAGCGGUGGGCAGUGGCAGGCAGAGCUGGCUCUGUUGCCGGGCUGAUGGUGGCUGA